AUGGUUCUGCUUGAGCAUACCCUCCCGGUAUCCCUUGUGUCGCCUGUUGGAGAUCUACAGGCAUAUGCCGUCGUUCUUGCUGACAAUCGAUGCGGACCGUUCACACUCCACUCCGGACUUUUGACCUCUUUUGGCAUCACCUGUAAGGAGAUGAAGAUCGGCUGGUUUGUUCUUUGUCAUUUAAGCACAGAAAGGGAGUGUCACAGAAAGGGAGUGCCACAGAAAGGGAGUGUCACAGAAAGGGAGCGUCACAGAAAGGGAGCGUCACAGAAAGGGAGCACCACAGAAAGGGAGAGUCACAGAAAGGGAGUGCCACAGAAAGGAGUGCCACAGAAAGGGAGUGCCACAGAAAGGGAGCGUCACAGUCACAGAAAGGGGCGCCACAGAAAGGGAGAGUCACAGAAAGGGAGUGCCACAGAAAGGGAGUGCCACAGAAAGGGAGCGUCACAGAAAGGGAGCGUCACAGAAAGGGAGCGUCACAGAAAGGGAGCGCCACAGAAAGGGAGCGUCACAGAAAGGAAGUGGCACAGAAAGGGAGUGUCACAGAAAGGGAGCGUCACAGAAAGGGAGUGCCACAGAAAGGGAGCGUCACAGAAAGGGAGCACCACAGAAAGGGAGAGUCACAGAAAGGGAGUGCCACAGAAAGGGAGUGCCACAGAAAGGGAGUGCCACAGAAAGGGAGCGUCACAGAAAGGGAGCACCACAGAAAGGGAGAGUCACAGAAAGGGAGUGUCACAGAAGGGGUCAGCCACAGAAAGGGAGCGUCACAGAAAGGGAGUGUCACAGAAAGGGAGUGCCACAGAAAGGGAGCGUCACAGCACAGACAGAAGGGAGUGGCACAGAAAGGGAGUGUCACAGAAAGGGGCGUCACAGAAAGGGAGCGUCACAGAAAGGGAGCGUCACAGAAAGGGAGUGUCACAGUGUCACAGAAAGGGAGCGUCACAGAAAGGGAGUACCACAGAAAGGGGCGUCACAGAAAGGGAGCGGCACAGAAAGGGAGGGUCACAGAAAGGGAGUGUCACAGAAAGGGAGUGUCACAGAAAGGGAGCGUCACAGAAAGGGAGUGCCACAGAAAGGGAGCGUCACAGAAAGGGAGCGGCACAGAAAGGGAGUGUCACAGAAAGGGAGUGUCACAGAAAGGGAGUGCCACAGAAAGGGAGCGUCACAGAAAGGGAGCGUCACAGAAAGGGAGUGUCACAGAAAGGGAGCGUCACAGAAAGGGAGUGCCACAGAAAGGGAGCGCCACAGAAAGGGAGCGUCAAAGGGAGCGUCACAGAAAGGGAGCGUCACAGAAAGGGAGCGUCACAGAAAGGGAGCGUCACAGAAAGGGAGAGUCACAGAAAGGAGCGUCACAGAAAGGAGGCACACACAAGGGUGCCACAGAAAAGGAGCGGCACAAAGGAGCGUCACAGAAAGGAAGUGGCACAGAAAGGGAGUGUCACAGAAAGGGAGCGUCACAGAAAGGGAGCGUCACAGAAAGGGAGAGUCACAGAAAGGGAGAGUCACAGAAAGGAAGUGGCACAGAAAGGGAGUGCCACAGAAAGGGAGUGCCACAGAAAGGGAGCGUCACAGAAAGGGAGAGUCACAGAAAGGGAGAGUCACAGAAAGGAAGUGUCACAGAAAGGGAUAGUCACAGAAAGGGAGCGUCACAGAAAGGGAGAGUCACAGAAUGUUAUUGACAUCUUUCGUCUUAGGUAA